AUGGAUGUAUUUGUAGAGCUGCAGAUACUAAAGCGUCUUGCUCGACAUCUUGGGGCUACAGGCCCCUUUGAUAUGCCAUCUGAGCUUGAGAAAUUUGGUCGCUAUUCCUACGAAUGGAUGUUUCAUCGCGAGCCUCCCGCAAAUCUCGAAAGUGAAACACUCAAACUCUUUGGGAGAAUCAUAUUAAGGCUUAUAACCGAUCCUCCAAAAUAUGCGGAGGACAACUUGGAGGACCAUCAGUCCCUCCCUCGGCUCUCGCUGCCGAUCAUUAGACCCCCCGAGAAAUGCCAGACGAAAACAGCGCAGGCUUUUCCAUACGAAAAGUUGCCCACUGCAACCUCAAUUCGUCUUGUUUCCAUAAAGCCCCUCGAAAUUCAUACAAUUUUCGACUUGUUCCAACCAAUCGAGUGCUCUAUAGUCGUCGUAGACCUCAAGGAUAGCCCCGCGUUUGACGCCGUGUCUUAUACGUGGGGCGAUCCCUCGACCGUAUUCGACAGUGAAAGACAAGUCUCAUGUAGAGAAGAUUGGGCGGCGCCAGCCUUUGAAAUUCUUCUCGAUGGCAAGCCUGUGUCGGUCUCCACGAACCUGUACACUAUGUUGUUGGCCCUCCGGCGCACCAGUUCUGACCCUGAAAGAGCAUUCGACGAUAUUUCUUUUACCAAGAGAUUUUGGAUCGAUGCUCUUUGCAUCAACCAAGCUGAGAUCGACGAGAAAGCUCAACAAAUCAUGAUGAUGAGCCGUAUCUACAACUGUGCUACAUGUGUGUUUAUAUGGCUUGGUGGGCAGGAUCAUGAGACAGGUCGCGUGUUGCAACACCUAAAGAACCUGACCAACCUGGAUAAAGAGCGGAUUCCACUACUAGAUCCGUUCAUAGUAGAAGUUGAUAUGUACAAGAAGCUGGGAAUUCCGGCAAUUUCUGCGGACGAUUGGGUGGGGAUUUAUAAGUUCUAUAACCGAACCUGGUUCAGCCGCGCAUGGAUCGUGCAAGAGGUUGGACUCGCGAAGCAGACAGUAGGCAUUUGUGGCCUUUACAUGUUUCGGUGCCACGUCCUUCGAUUAAGCCUUGCUAGACUAUCAUCAGCGGGCUGUAUACGGCCGUUAAGAGACCUUGUCGAGCGUCUUAUAUAUGGGGCACGGAAUGAAAACCAGCACAGCAAGACCUCGUAUCGCAAGAAUCUAACGAAACGGAGAAUAUUUCAACCUUCAGCUCCCAACACCCCAUUCAAUCCAAACUUAUUCAUCCUCAUGCAAGAGGAGGGGUUUGCUAUAGGAGGAACUGCCUAUAUGGCGAAGAUUAAAACGGGUAUCAGGCCAAAGCCUCUUUGGAGAAUCGUUCAUCGUUUCGGUGGUCUUCAAGCUAGUAACCCUAGAGACAAGGUGUAUGCUUUCAUGGGCCUUUCGAGGGAGCAUGUUGAGGAAGGGCGACAACUUGUUCCCAAGUACGGCCAGCCAGUAGAAGAAGUCUAUCUCGAAGCAGUUCGGUUCAUGGCUGGCUCGGUCGGAGGCCUGAAUUUUUUAGGAAUGAAAGAGUUGGUUCCAUCCUCGGAACUACCCUCCUGGAUGCCGGACUUUAAUGCCUCAAGUUCAUUUAUAUCAUAUGUGGAGACACUUGGGAUCUGGUCUUGCGCAUCCGAUGGUUUAAAUCCUCGAAGCUUUCACAUCAACAAAAAGAAAUUGAGUGUCUCAGGUAUCUGCUGUGGCAAGGUUCUCCGAAAAGAGUCCUAUUCGCCGGUCAAUGUAGGAGCCAUAAUUGAAAUCCUGGAAGGAUUACCAGAGACUUCGGACAUCUGGAAACCCCCAGUUGGGACUGAGUGGGAGGUCGGUGAUGUGAAUUGUGCCCAAGGAAUCCACAAAACCGCCAAAAGGGGCUGGACAUUGACUCAUCAACGUCGUUAUGAGGUUUUAUGGAGGACUCUUGUCUCGGAUUCUUUCGAUGGAGAGCAACCAGCCCCAAUGAACUGUGAAAAAUUAAUGGAUGCGUAUGUUCAGUACUCUGUUACCCAGGCAUUGGUACCCGCAAUUUGUGGCUUAGCUCGAAAUCAGGAGGAGCUAGAUUUUCUCUGGCAGUUUUUCCAAGCCUCAGACUUUCAGGCGCCUCGGAGCCUUCAUAGAUACGACCGUACGAGAACCAUCUUGAAAGAGGCGUAUCUGGCUCAACAAAUGUUCCUCGGUCAUGUUCAACCGGAUACAAGAGAUUCAGACCUUCCCCCAACUUUUCAAAGAUAUGAACGCAUCCGCAAUACGCAUGGAGUCAAGAGUCAAGAGUUCUUAACAUUUUUCGCUCAAUUUGGCCAUCACUAUCAAAGCCAGAUAGAUGAACAGAAUUCAAACGUCCACACAUCAUUCAGACAGCAAAUUGAGAUGGUUGGAAAAGUACCCAGAGUUCUUUUCACAACAGACCGAGGGCAUCUAGGACAUGCGAAAGGUACUGUACAGAAGGAUGAUGAGAUCUGGGUCCUAGCAGGAGCUUCCAUUCCGUUUAUUUUACGACCAGUCGAUGAGGCGACGUACCGUUUGAUUAGCGAUGCAUACGUCCACGGAAUCAUGUAUGGCGAGGGAGUUCCGGAUGGAUCAAGCGAUUUGGCUAGGGAAAUUUCUUCAAUCUAG